AUGACCUACCACUGCGUGAAGACUGACCUCAGUGAUGACCUCAGAGAUGACCUCAGUGAUGACCUCAGUGAUGACCUCAGAGAUGACCUCAGAGAGGAGCUCUGUGAUUGGACAGUGAGGAUGUGUGGACCUAUGACCUGGAGCAAAGCUGUGUUAGUGCUGUGCCUGCUGCGGAGCGCCUGCUGCGACGAGGGCCCUGCACUCAACGACCCUGGGGGGGUUGGGAUCCUCACCCUGGUGCUGGAUGUCUGUGCCCCAGCAGAGGUGUGA